AUGGAAGACCCAACAUUACUAUACGGGGUUCACGUCCUAAAAGGCCUCGUCGCCGUCCUUGCUACUUCUUUGCCCAUAACAGCCUUCUUCACGUACCUCGACUUCAACCGGGCCACCCGGACGUGGGAUAAGUAUCUCACCUUUGGCCACAACCUCUCUGUCAUAGCUUCGCUCCUCGUCAGCUUUAUUGCGACUACAAUGGCUCUAGGCCAGGAGAUCGAAGUAAAGCUGCUAGAUGUUACGAUUAUCAGCGCCAUCAUACUGCUCAUCAGCACAAAUAUGCUACGCAAAAUCUACGCCCUUGGGCUUUCUGACGGGCUACGAUGGUUGCCGCAUAUUGCAUCUCCCGUUAUAGUGGCAUUACAUAUCUCGUCUCUCCUCAUCCCGAUGGCCAUUGAAACAUUCAGGCGCGAGAAAUACACGACUAUCACAUUUGUAACGACAUUCCUAGCCAUUGGGACGGCUGCAUUGCUAUUGGCAGCCCGCUCUGGCCAGUUGAUCCCCAAAGUACGUCAGAAUUGGGCCAAGGUAUAUGCUACUCUGGGGUUGUCCAUCCUUAACGACCUGGCAUCGCUUGGAUCUACCGUCUUCGGAGCCUGGUACAAGAUCAGGGUUCUAGAAGGCAAGCUUGUGUUCAAUGCAGCUCACCUUCAUGCCAUACUCUUGUUCCUACAUCCGACCGAGCCCAUUACUCUGGGGUCACCAAGCACUGCAAAAUUCAUCGACCCCGGGAUCUCCCACCAUGGUCCCAUCACCUCGUCAUCUUCGGACAUAAGCUCGUUCCCACCCCAACCCUCGACCAACGCCAACACCAACACCAUCAUAGAUAUGGACAUGAAAAAUUGCACUGGCAAUAGGAAGUCCAUCUACAUCGAUAGCGUGGUCGUUGUCGAUGCCAAGUUUACCGCCUAUGUUUGGCUAGAGGCCGAUAUUUUCGAGGGAGACCGUCGUUUCUUGAAGUUUCUGAACGAGAAAAGAGACUGGAAUGGCUUUGCGAAGUGCAGAACGUCGAGUUACUAUGAGGUCUGCCAGGCUGCAGCUCCUGUAGACUUGGGAGACAAGAAUUGCAACGUCAAGAACUUCGUUGAGAUGCGACUAGUGGGGUCUCGAUGGACUGUCUGCAUUGAAGUUCGCGUGCACAGGGAGGUAACCCCAGAGCAGUGGGCGGGAAACCAUGAUUUUGAAGCAGCCGUUGCCCUCUGUUUGAAGGAGAAGAAGUGGGAGUCUGUCACGACCAAGGAGAUUGCAGAGGAUACGGAUGGAGAGGAUACGGAUGGAGAGGAUACGAAUGGAGAGGACGAUGUGGACAGGGAGAGUUAG